CGGUAGUCGACCGUGGACCGCGCUGCGAGCCUCGGAGACGCCGUAGAAGGAGACCUGCUUCCGGGACUGGACCAGGCGCCUGCGACUCUUCUCAGACGCCGACGUGCACGAGGUUUGGCUCCCAGGUGUCCUGCCUGCCAGACCCGCGGUAGCUCGGCUCGGCCAGUUUUGCUAGGGCUGCCUGGCGAGCCACACCAAUUCCCGUCCUUUGGUAUCGCCACGAUUCGGCGGCUGUGAAACUGAUUUCCGGUCGCUAAGGUCUCCAUGGAGACAGCACUUUAGCCACUUUCUCCCACUGUCAUUCCUCGACUCCACGUGGUUCAGAAAUCGCCCAGAGAAUGUUUGUGGGAGUCAGCCAGGAAGGUGUAGAGUGAAGCAGCGUUCUAAAGGGAAGCAAAAUCAGGACACGGUAGUACCUCCUGUUAGUCUAAUGAGUCACUGAGUGACUACUAUUAAUUCUAUUUAAAAUGGGUGUAAAGAAGAAGAAAGAAAUGCAAGUUGCUGCGCUGACCAUUUGCCAUCAGGACCUUGAAACUUUGAAAUCUUUUGCUGAUGUGGAAGGGAAAAAUCUAGCUUCUUUGCUGUUACAUUGUGUGCAACUCACAGAUGGAGUGUUACAAAUCCAUUAUAUUAAACAGAUUGUGCCUCUGCUGGAGAAAGCAGAUAAAAAUGGCAUGUGUGAUCCCACUAUUCAAAGUUGUUUGGAUAUCUUAGCAGGCAUUUAUCUUUCUUUGAGUCUAAAGAAUCCCUUGAAGAAAGUAUUGGCAAGCUCACUAAAUAGCCUACCUGAGUUUUUUCUACCUGAGGCUAUGCACCGUUUUACUUCUCGUCUUCGGGAAGAAUUGAAUACUACUGACUUAUACUCUUACAGGAAAGUUACUGACAAUAUUUCUUCCUGUAUGGAGAACUUUAACUUGGGUAGAGCAAGUGUUAAUAAUCUGCUUAAAAAUGUGCUACAUUUUCUGCAGAAGAGUUUAAUUGAAAUCCUGGAAGAAAAUAGAAAAUGUGCUGGAAAUCAUAUUAUUCAAACACAGUUGAUGAAUGACUUACUGGUAGGCAUUAGAGUUUCAAUGAUGUUAGUACAGAAAGUACAAGAUUUCCAGGGAAAUCUUUGGAAGACUUCCGAUUCUCCCAUAUGGCAAAAUAUGUGUGGAUUGCUGAGUAUUUUUACCAAGGUUUUAAGCGAUGAUGAUCUAUUACAGACUGUACAGAGCACAUCUGGAUUAGCUAUUAUUCUUUUUAUUAAGACUAUGUUUCACCCGUCUGAAAAGAUUCCUCAUUUGAUUAGCAGUGUGCUGCUUCGUUCAGUGGACUGCACCAGUGUCCCCGAGUGGUUUAUGAGCAGCUGCAGGAGCCUCUGUUGUGGUGACAUCUCUCAGUCAGCUGUCUUAUUCCUCUGUCAGGGGACACUUGCCAUGUUGGACUGGCAGAAUGGGAGCAUGGGUCGGAGUGGGGAGGCCCUGCUCUUGGAUACUGCACAUGUUUUGUUCACCUUGAGUUCACAGAUUAAAGAGCCAACGCUGGAAAUGUUUCUGUCUAGAAUCUUGGCAUCCUGGACUAAUUCAGCUAUACAAGUUCUUGAAUCAAGUUCCCCGAGCCUAACGGACAGCCUGAAUGGGAAUUCAAGUAUAGUUGGGAGACUUUUGGAAUAUGUCUAUACCCAUUGGGAACAUCCAUUGGAUGCUCUGAGACACCAAACCAAAAUCAUGUUCAAAAACCUUCUCCAAAUGCACCGGCUCACUGUGGAAGGUGCAGAUUUCGUCCCUGAUCCUUUCUUUGUGGAAUUGACUGAGAGUCUUCUACGAUUGGAAUGGCAUAUUAAAGGAAAGUACACGUGCCUUGGUUGUUUGGUAGAGUGCAUAGGAGUUGAACAUAUUUUGGCUAUAGAUAAAACUAUUCCAUCUCAAAUCUUAGAGGUGAUGGGAGACCAGUCAUUGGUACCUUAUGCAAGUGACCUCUUGGAAACCAUGUUUAGAAAUCAUAAGAGUCAUUUGAAAUCCCAGACUGCUGAGAGUUCUUGGAUUGAUCAGUGGCAUGAGACUUGGGUUUCUCCUCUCCUUUUUAUAUUGUGUGAAGGAAACUUGGAUCAAAAAUCUUAUGUGAUUGAUUAUUACUUGCCAAAAUUAUUAAGUUACAGCCCUGAAAGCUUACAGUACAUGGUAAAGAUUCUUCAGACUUCUAUUGAUGCUAAAACUGGACAAGAGCAAUCUUUCCCAUCCUUAGGGUCUUGUAAUAGCAGGGGGGCUCUGGGAGCUUUGAUGGCAUGUCUGCGAAUAGCUAGAGCUCAUGGACAUCUUCAGUCUGCAACUGAUACCUGGGAGAACCUCGUGUCUGAUGCAAGAAUAAAGCAAGGCUUAAUUCAUCAGCAUUGCCAAAUAAGGAUAGAUACAUUAGGCUUGCUUUGUGAAAGUAAUCGGAGCACAGAAAUUGUUUCCAUGGAAGAAAUGCAGUGGAUUCAGUUCUUUAUUACAUACAAUCUUAACAGCCAGUCUCCAGGAGUGCGGCAACAGAUCUGUUCUCUUCUUAAAAAGUUGUUUUGUAGGAUACAGGAAAGUUCUCAGGUACUUUAUAAAUUGGAGCAGAGUAAAUCCAAACGUGAACCAGAGAAUGAGUUAACCAAACAGCACCCUUCUGUUUCUUUACAGCAGUAUAAGAAUUUCAUGUCAUCCAUUUGUAACAGUCUUUUUGAAGCAUUGUUUGCUGGAUCUUCCUACUCGACUAGAUUUUCAGCUUUAACCAUUUUAGGUUCAAUAGCUGAAGUUUUUCAUGUCCCAGAAGGCAGAAUUUAUACAGUAUAUCAGCUGAGUCAUGAUAUUGAUGUUGGUCGUUUCCAAACACUAAUGGAAUGUUUUACCAGCACUUUUGAAGACGUGAAAAUUUUAGCAUUUGAUCUUCUGAUGAAGUUAUCAAAAACAGCUGUACAUUUUCAGGAUUCGGAGAAACUGCAAGGCUUAUUUCAGGCAGCAUUGGAGCUCAGCACAAGCACCAAACCAUAUGACUGUGUGACAGCUUCCUACCUGCUGAACUUCUUAAUCUGGCAGGAUGCUCUGCCGUCAUCAUUGUCUGCCUACUUAACUCAGCAAGUUGCAUGCGAUAAUGGAGAUACGCCUGCUGCUGUGGUGGAAAGGAACACAUUAAUGGUUAUCAAAUGCUUGAUGGAAAAUCUUGAGGAAGAAGUAUCUCAGGCUGAAAAUUCUCUGCUUCAGGCAGCAGCAGCAUUUCCAAUGUAUGGGCGAGUCCACUGUAUAACAGGAGCUUUGCAGAAGUUAUCUCUAAACAGUCUGCAGUUGGUGAGCGAGUGGAGACCUGUGGUAGAGAAGCUCCUUUUGAUGUCGUACAGGCUUUCCACUGUGGUGUCUCCAGUCAUUCAGAGCUCAUCCCCUGAAGGCCUCAUCCCAAUGGACACUGAUUCAGAGUCAGCAAGCCGCUUACACAUGAUUCUGAAUGAGAUUCAGCCUCGAGAUACUAAUGAUUAUUUUAACCAAGCCAAAAUAUUGAAAGAACAUGAUAGCUUUGAUAUGAAGGACUUGAAUGCUAGUGUGGUGAAUAUUGAUACUUCUACAGAAAUCAAAGGUAAAGAAGUAAAAACAUGUGAUGUAACUGCGCAGAUGGUGCUGGUAUGUUGUUGGAGAAGUAUGAAGGAAGUUGCUUUACUUUUAGGCAUGUUGUGCCAGCUUCUGCCCAUGCAGCCUGUGCCAGAAUCUUCUGAUGGAUUAUUGACGGUGGAGCAGGUAAAAGAAAUAGGAGAUUACUUUAAACAACACCUUUUGCAGUCCAGGCACAGAGGAGCAUUUGAAUUGGCUUAUACUGGUUUUGUGAAACUCACUGAAGUACUAAACAGGUGCCCAAAUGUGAGUCUGCAAAAGCUGCCAGAACAGUGGCUAUGGAGUGUUUUAGAGGAAAUUAAAUGCAGUGAUCCUUCAUCUAAACUCUGUGCUACAAGGCGCAGUGCUGGAAUUCCUUUCUACAUACAGGCACUGUUGGCAUCUGAACCAAAGAAAGGCAGAAUGGAUUUGUUGAAAAUAACAAUGAAAGAGUUAAUCUCUUUGGCUGGGCCUACAGAUGACAUACAGAGUACAGUCCCCCAGGUUCAUGCUUUAAAUAUCCUUAGAGCAUUGUUCAGAGAUACGCGCCUGGGAGAAAAUAUUAUUCCUUAUGUUGCUGAUGGAGCUAAGGCUGCAAUUCUGGGUUUUACAUCACCGGUCUGGGCAGUGCGAAAUUCAUCCACACUUCUCUUUAGUGCCUUGAUCACGAGAAUUUUUGGAGUUAAAAGGGCAAAGGAUGAACAUUCCAAAACAAAUAGUGCUGAGGGAAAGGAAGAGGACUGGGUGGCAAGAGCCAAGACAAAAGAACAACGUGUGUGUAAUUUGUUCAGAAGAAUGACAGGGAGAGAGUUUUUCUCUCGUUUCCCAGAACUCUAUCCGUUUCUUCUCAAACAGUUGGAAACUGUAGCCAAUACAGUAGACAGUGAUAUGGGAGAACCAAAUCGUCAUCCAAGCAUGUUUCUCUUACUUUUGGUGUUGGAGAGACUCUACGCUUCCCCGAUGGAUGGUACUUCUUCUGCUCUCAGCAUGGGACCUUUUGUUCCCUUCAUUGUGAGGUGUGGUCACUCACCUGUCUACCACUCCCGUGAAAUGGCAGCUCGUGCCUUGGUCCCAUUUGUUAUGAUAGAUCACAUUCCUAAUACCAUUCGAACUCUGUUGUCCACACUCCCAAGCUGCACUGACCAGUGUUUCCGGCAAAACCACAUUCAUGGGACACUUCUCCAGGUUUUUCAUUUGUUGCAAGCCUACUCAGACUCCAAACACGGAACGAAUUCAGACUUCCAGCACGAGCUGACUGACAUCACUGUUUGUACCAAAGCCAAACUCUGGCUGGCCAAGAGGCAAAAUCCAUGUUUGGUGACCAGAGCUGUAUGUAUUGAUAUUCUCUUCCUAUUGACUUGCUGCCUCAACAAAUCUGCAAAGGACAACCAGCCAGUUCUGGAGAGUCUUGGCUUCUGGGAGGAAGUCAGAGGCAUUAUCUCAGGAUCAGAGCUGAUAACGGGAUUCCCUUGGGCCUUCAAGGCACCAGGCCUGCCCCAGUACCUCCAGAGCCUCACCAGACUAGCCAUUGCUGCAGUGUGGGCCGCGGCAGCCAAGAGUGGAGAGCGGGAGAGGAAUGUCCCCAUCUCUUUCUCUCAGCUGUUAGAAUCUGCCUUCCCUGAAGUGCGCUCACUAACACUGGAAGCCCUCUUGGAAAAGUUCUUAGCAGCAGCCUCUGGACUUGGAGAGAAGGGCCUGCCACCCUUGCUGUGCAACAUGGGAGAGAAGUUCUUAUUGUUGGCCAUGAAGGAAAAUCACCCAGAAUGCUUCUGCAAGAUACUGAAAAUUCUCCACUGCAUGGACCCUGGUGAGUGGCUUCCCCAGACAGAGCACUGUGUCCAUCUGACCCCAAAGGAGUUCUUGAUCUGGACGAUGGAUAUUGCUUCCAAUGAAAGAUCUGAAAUUCAGAGUGUAGCUCUGAGACUUGCUUCCAAAGUCAUUUCCCACCACAUGCAGACAUGUGUGGAGAACAGGGAAUUGAUAGCUGCUGAGCUGAAGCAGUGGGUUCAGCUGGUCAUCUUGUCAUGUGAAGACCAUCUUCCUACAGAGUCUAGGCUGGCCGUCGUUGAAGUCCUCACCAGUACUACACCACUUUUCCUCACCAACCCCCAUCCUAUUCUUGAGUUGCAGGAUACACUUGCUCUCUGGAAGUGUGUCCUUACCCUUCUGCAGAGUGAGGAGCAAGCCGUUAGAGAUGCAGCCACGGAAACCGUGACAACUGCCAUGUCACAAGAAAAUACCUGCCAGUCAACAGAGUUUGCCUUCUGCCAGGUGGAUGCCUCCAUCGCUCUGGCCCUGGCCCUGGCCGUCCUGUGUGAUCUGCUCCAGCAGUGGGACCAGUUGGCCCCUGGACUGCCUAUCCUGCUGGGAUGGCUGUUGGGAGAGAGUGAUGACCUCGUGGCCUGUGUGGAGAGCAUGCAUCAGGUGGAAGAAGACUACCUGUUUGAAAAAGCAGAAGUCAACUUUUGGGCCGAGACCCUGCUCUUUGUGAAAUACCUCUGCAAGCACCUCUUCUGUCUCCUCUCGAAGUCCGGCUGGCGUCCCCCAAGCCCUGAGAUGCUCUGUCACCUUCAAAGGAUGGUGUCAGAGCAGUGCCACCUCCUGUCUCAGCUCUUCAGAGAGCUUCCACCAGCUGCUGAGUUUGUGAAGACAGUGGAGUUCACAAGAUUACGCAUUCAAGAGGAAAGGACUUUGGCUUGCUUGAGGCUGCUGGCCUUUUUGGAAGGAAAGGAAGGGGAAGACACCCUAGUUCUCAGUGUUUGGGACUCUUAUGCAGAAGCGAGGCAGUUAACUCUUCCAAGAACAGAAGCGGCAUGUUGAAGAAAAUUGGGGAAUUGGGAUGGGGGUAUGUGUGGAUUUUUCCUCCACUAAAUCUGCAGGAAACAUGUUGAACAUAAAUUCAAAAAUUUUAUCCCA